GCAGUAGCAGCAGCAAAGCAACGGCAACAGUAGCAGCGACAUUACUAGUAGUAAUAGUAGAAGUAAUAGUAAUAACAGUAGUGUGACCAGUUGUGUUAAGUGGUCGGCUUGUGUGUGAAACGGUACGAUAUCGUAAAGCCGGCUCGCAGCUAGUAGUUCGAUUUGAAGGUUGCCAGUUAUAGUUUCGUUGGAAGGGAGUGAUAUUAUACUUGUAUAUCCGGAUAUAUACAUACAUAUACAUAUAUAUAUAUAUAUACACAUAUAUAUAUAUAUACAUGUAGUCAACGCACGCGUCUGUCAGUACGAAGAGGCGUCCUUCACGAUCGAGGUCGCUACGAUCGGUCGUGUCGUGUCUGUUCGUUCAUCGCCGGUCAUCGAUAUCAAGGCAAGAUCGCGCGCUUUCGUUCGACGAGAAAAAGAGAGACACAGUGAGUCGGGAGACGAUACGCCACACGGCCUUGGGAACCGGCCGAGGCGUAGUAGUCUCUCGCGCGCGCGUCUUUUCGCAGCAGCGUACGCAAGCUCGUCAUUUACCGGUAGAGAGUGAGAGAGAUAGAGAGAGAGAGAGAGAGAGAGAGAGAGAGAGCGUGUGUGUGAGAGAGAGUGAGAGAGAGAGAGGGGGGAAUAGAGAGAGAUAGAAAUAAAGAGAGCGUGCGCGCGUCCUAGCCGGCACAGCUACUACAGAAUUUAGCUCACAUUAGACGAGGUGACAUGGAAAUUUCUAUCGUCUUUUCUUCGUCCUCUUCGUUCGACGCGGUGCGCGAGUGUCCACCGUUACAUUUCGAAUUGUGGUCGAUCGAUCGAUUAGUAUCGAAAUCGUUAAUGGAUUUCCUAUGAAUAAACAAACAAGUGUUAAGGGAAGAACACGUUUCCUUCUUCACGACUUUGAAUGAUGUAUCUGAUGUAAGACAGAAAGAUAGUAUAGAGAGAAAAAGAGAGCGAGAGAGAGAGAGACAGACAGAUAGACAGACAUAGAGAGAGAGAGAGAGAGAGAGAGAGAGAGAGGGAGAGAGAAGAAAAAAGUUAGCACGCGUGUGUUCGUGCAAGUGCGAUCGCGUUGUAAUCCUACGAAAGCUAAUAUCAAAUCGAUCGUCCUGGAUAUCGUCGCGUGGACCGGUAACUCUUCCGCCGAGGAUGUCGUGCUACGACGACGGCCGCUCCGAUAGCACGAGCAGCAGUAGCAGCAGCAGAAGCAGCAGCAGUAGUAGCGGUAGUAGUGGUAACGGUAACACCGGCAGUAGCAGCGGUGGCAGUGGCACCAGUGGCAACAACAGCAAGAACAGUAGUAACAGCAGCAGAAGCAGCGGUAGCAAUAAUAAGAAAAAUAAUAGCGAAGAGAGUAGAAGACUCGUGACGUGGAAGAUAAGCGAAGUGGGUAGUAUCGUUACUCGUCGGGUGCCGGUCGUAAAGGCGUGAUCGUUUCUUUUCCGACGGAGGAUGCUUCAGAGCGACAACAACGACAACCUGCUGGUGGUAUCUAAACGUAGGCGUGCGCCGUGCGUUCCAGUGAUGUCGGGGUUCCUUGCAGCGCCGCUGGACCUGGACCAUGGCCGGCAAGCCUGAGCAGCAGCCGUCCACGCACCCUGCUCCCCCGAACCACGAUCAUCAUCAUCAUCAACAGAAACAGCAGCAACAACAACAACAGCAGCAGCAGCACCAGCAGCAGCAGCAGCAGCAGCAGCUUCAGCUUCAACAACAGCACCCGCAGUAUCAGCAACAGCAGCAACAACAUCCUCAAAAUCCGCAGCAUCAACAGCAACAAAGCAACAAUAAUAACAACGGCGGUGGUGGCAGCGUUCUGGUCUACGUUUCGGGGGAGAACUUUGCUUACGCCACGGCGGUGGGUGGUCAAAAUGCCGCCGCCACAGCCGCCGCCACGGCCGUCGCGACGACCACGGCCGGCUAUCGGCUAUCAUCGCCGAGGCAUCAGCCGGCGACGGCUUACGUUGCCGGUGGUGUCAUUCCGACGCAACUUCCGACGGCGGCUACUUGCUUUCCCGCCAAAACCGCCAACUCGGCUGCCGCCGCCGCCGCCGCCACCGUCGCCGCCACCACCACCACCACUGCUAUCACCACCACCACCACCAUCGCUACCACCACCACCACCACCGUCGUUGCCGUCGAUCGUGCUCGGACGAAUUUGAAAAGGUCUAACGAUCAACAUGCCGUUUCGGUAACGACGACGACCACGUCCGCGAUAACGACGACAGGGAACACGGCAACGACGACAGUAGUAGCGACGAGCGAUGCUCGAAGGGAUCAAGCGAGGUCGUCGAACGACGAGGAGGAUGAUUACGUCGGUGGUAUCGUCUACGGAAGGACUCAAGUCGUCGCUGGUAGAAUACUGGGCAAUGAGUAUUCCCAGGAAGCCGGUAGACGAGCUAGCAAGGACGAUACGAGCCUCAAGAUGUAUCCAUCCCAUCGCUACAACAACGCAGCGAACAGCAACGUCGUUGCUGGUGCUUCUGCCGCCGUUGUUGUCGGUUCUGGUGGUAACGCUGUCAACAGGAUUGGCUUGCUCGAGAGCAACGAGGCUCGAGUGACGCGUUUUGUGCGACAACAGACGAGCGACGUCGGUGUUGUCGACAGAAGAGACGAUAAAGUUAGGCAACAGCAGCAACAGCAACAACAGGAUGGAUAUGACGGGCAGACUGGAUCUUCCUUGUCCGGUGAUUCGGUGAGGUCAGACAUCGGUGAAUCGUCGACGUACAGCAGUCUCAGCAGUCCGGAGAGUCAGAGUCAAACGUCCUCGCACGACGGCUCGAACAACGUGACGAUGAAUGGUGCGGUAGGAGGUGGUGCUUGUAGUAGUGCUAGUAGUGCUUCUUCUGGUGCGGGUGGUGCAAGUGGUGCGUGCGUGCAGCAACAGCAGCAGCAGCAGCAACAACAACAACAGCAAUCGACGCGAUCAUCCUCAACGACGAGGCUCGCGGUUGCGAACAGCAACAACAACGAGAACGGUGCUAACGCGCAGCACAAUGUUGUGCUCACGAUGAACGGUAAUGCGGUGCUCGCGCAACAACACCAGCAGCAACAGCAGCACUCUGUCACGGUGCCACGUGGAUGGAAGAGGAUAUGCGCCAACGGAGUCAUCAUUUAUAUCAGUCCGAGCAGCACGGCUCUAGGCUCGUUGGAUCAACUGAAGAAGUACCUGACGACAGCGGGAACCUGUAAAUGUGGUCUCGAAUGUCCUCUUAGACCUGAACAGGUCUUCAACUUCGACCCCAAGAUUGCAACGCGACCUUGGAGCCCGGAUCAGGGCAAGACGCGAGAGAUGACCAAGCUCUGCAACCAUAAGAGGAAACUUUUGCUACCGAGCGCAGCAGCCAGCCCUGUUGCCGCCUCCUGUACCUUGCCGGUCUCCCCUUCGACGUUAUCUUCUGGACCAACGUCGUCGACGGCAGCGCCGACAGCAGCGGCACCGAUUCACGCCGACUCGCCCACCUCGCCGGACAAAACCAGAAAAGAUGGUCUCAGCAAGAAAAAGAAGAGAAAACUGGUGGGUAUAGGGGGCUUGUACUCAGGAGUUUCCGUAUCGCAACUUCUGGCACAACGGGAAAGAGCUAUCGCUGCUGUUUCCACGUCGGGAGUUCAAGGUUCAUCGGUGCCUAAUGGAUCGCAGGUGUGGCCGAUCGCGAUCCCUAAUUUGCAGAUGCAACAACCCAAUCAACAAAUCUGCCAUCAAUCGUUAAAUUCACCCUCUCAAAAUCACGACGUGAAUAGUUCAGCACGAAACGCUCAACAGCGGUUAAAUCAGCACAAUAUGCCUGGGAUGCUAAUGGGAAAUCCGCUAAUUAUGAAUCAGCAAAGUACUAAUUUCAAUAAUAUGACCCAACAACAGCAGCAGCUUUUGCAGCAACAGCACCAACAAUUAUUACUACAGCAACAGCAGCAACAACAGCAACAGCAGCAGCAACAGCAACAGCAACUGAUGCAGCAGCAUUUAUCGCAGCAUCAACAGCAACAGCAACCUCAGCAACUUUUACCUCAUCAUCAACAAAUGCAGCACAUGCCGUUGUUGCAACAACAUCAGGAGCAGCAACAGCAGCAACAACAGCAACCACAUCCCAAUGCUGUAGUGAAUCAAUUGCCGCAACAGCAAGUUCCUCAUUAUAUAAAUCAGUUGAAUCAACAAUCCUUGCACGUUAUGCAGCAACAACAACAGCACUUGAACCAACAGCAACAGCUCCACAUACAACAAAUUCAAAAACACAAUAUGCAACCGCCACAACAGCAGCACUUAACAUCGGAAAUGGAUCAACAGCAAACAGGAAAUUAUAAUUCACAACUUCCUCAAGAAGGUUAUGUGCAUCAUUUACAAUCUUCGCAAAUGUCGCAACCUGUACUUCAUCCGCUUCAGCACCAGCUACAUCAACAUCAGAUACAGCAACAGCAGCAACAACAGCAACAGGAUCAGCAUGGUAUGCAGACUCAAACUAUCGAUCCAUUUCAAAUGCAAAUACAACAACUACAACAACAGCAGCAACAUCAACAACAGUUGUCGCAAAUGUGCGUGCAGGCUCAGUAUCCUAAUCAGCAAUUAUCUCAUCAUACGAUGGAUAUUAUACAGCAAUCUAACGGCGGGUCCGUUAUGAGUGGAAUCAAUCCUUCCGAUAUGCAAAAUAGACAUGGUCGUACGCAAUCAGCUACGGAAGAUGAUUUAAGUGCUAAGCAAAUGCAACAGCAGCAACAACAACAGCAACAGCAACAACAGCUGUUGAUGCAUAAUCAUAACUUGCAACGGCAUCAAAUCGUUGAGAAUGGAAAUCUGUCAAAUAAUCCUCACGAAAAUGCACAACGAAUGUAUACGCAAGGCCAAGUUCAGUAUCCAGCGAGAAACUUUGAUACUCAGAAGAUAUCGACUGUGGAAGCCAAAUUUGGUCAUCAACAACAAUACACUUUAGUCAGCCACGCGGGAAGAAGUCCAACUAUUAACCAUGCUACAGAAGUACAAUCGGGUAUGGGACCAACUAGCGGACAAGCAGGAAAUAUACAUUUUAACACGAGAACACCCCCGUGGCAACAAAAUCGUACGGUUGUCACGACUAAUCAGUCUUCAUUAACUACGGUCCAAAAUAUCACUUGCAAUUCUUUUGAUCGUGUUCCUCCUCUUCAUCAUCACAUUCCACAGACGUCAACCUGGACGGACGAGGUAGCGAGGAAAAAAGCUAAGUCAAGUAAGAGUAUGAUGAAAAAACAGCGUCAGCAUGGUGCAUCGGAUAUAAGGAGUAAUAAUGGUCUUGAUCAGCCGAUACCAAGUCCAAUUGACGAAUUUAAUGAUAAAGCGCAACAGAAUAGCGAUCAAAUCGGUUCCACGGUUAACAGCAGUGGCCCCUCAUUUUUAGAGGAUCCUAGUGGUUAUUUAGCACAGCAAACCGCUUUACUAAAUAGUACUAUAUCGCGGCAAACUGGCGUUAAUAACACUCAAGUGGCCAUAUUGAACAGCCCGAAAGUACAACAAACGAAUCACAGUACUCAUACAGCAAGUAAUCCCUAUCUUGCACAACCAAAGCCUUCCUCUGCUGCCAGUCCUUCAAGUACAACAUUUAAUUCUGUGAAAAAUCAUGCCACUUCGCCAGUAGUGGUGCACAGCAGUAUGACGCCGACGUCUAGUAACGGUGCCAUCGAUUCCGACGGUAGCCCGUGCCAUGGCUGUGUUAGCAGUGGUGACAAUCAAUCCUUCGUUCAAGAUCAAUAUAACAAACAGCAAUUACAUCGACAAUACGUAUUGCAUUCUGAUCAACGGGAGGAUCCUGUUACAUCGUCGACGUUUGGUGAGAAAUAUCAAGGGAGUCAACAACAAAUUGAUUCAAGACCUAUUCAAGGAGGCACUGUUAGUACUAGUCACGGUUCACCGAUCGGUACAAAUAGUCCAGCCAAUUCGGAUGUCCCUGCUUCCUCGACACCUGGAAUAUCUCAACCAGCGACACCACAGAGUUUAACCUCGUCCCAACCAUCGACCCCGCAUAGUUAUUCGCAACCACCGACGCCCCAUUCUCUUGCAUCGUCGUCUGGUCAAUUGCCAUCUCAACCUUUAACUCCGCAUUCUCAUCCAUCUUCGUCGAAUCAGUUUGCAACUCAACCGUUAACUCCUCAGGCACCGCAGCCUUCGCAAUCAUCGUCUAAUAACAGUUUGGAACAGCACUUGGAAAUGUCGUGUUCAGUCGCAAAUAAUCCCAGCGCUAUUUCACCAAGUACGUCUCCUUCUCAAACAUAUUCUACGCCUAUGGACAAUAUAACGUCUCAGCUACCAAAAAGACAGGCUGUCAGUACGAGACAGCUAUCGCUAGAUGGCUAUCAACCACAUCCACAUACAGUGAAUACAGUUUCAAGGAUACCAUUAAAUUCUUUUACCAGUACGUCGUCCGUGAUAACGACUAUGGCAAGCGGACAUACGGUUAGUAGUAAUACAAUUACGUCUGUGCUUGCUGGAAGAGCGAAUACGGCGACCGUAUCUAUAAAUACGCCCUUGGGGAUGCCUAACCCUGCUAUUUUAAACAUUCUUUCCAAUAAACCUCAGCAGCCAACAACGGCACCGCCCGCUCUCGUGAAUGUAACAGCGACGUCGACAACGGCGCAUCAUCCGCAUUCGAUUCCCCUUACACCUAGUCAAUCGUCGACGAUCACAGUAUCGAAGUCACCAUUGGAGAUGGUUCAGAGUGUAGUAAGUAGUAUUCAGGUACCUCAAGCGACGACUAAUUCACCAAUGCCACAGACUCAACAACAGCAACAUCAGCAACAACAACAGCAGCAUCAACAGCAGCAACAACAACAACAGCAGCAGCAUCAACAACAGCAGCAACAACAACAACAGCAACAACAACAGCAGCAGCAACAACAGCAACAGCAUGCUCAGCAACAGCAACAUCCGCAAUCGAACGUUCAAGUUCACAAUGUUCUUACAUCUGGUGGUAUAUUGAAGCAUCCAACCGGAUCUACUUUGCCACCCGGGCAUAUCUUAGUGUCCAGUGGUGGACAGCUCAUAAUGGCAAGCACUGGGUCUGCUAUUAACGGCGUGAUGGCACCGCCACCACCAAAAAUCAUUUCUAAUACGAAUUCAAUGCCACCAUUAUCCGUUUCGCCGAUGGUCACUAGUGUAACUGGAGCAGUUAGUCAAGUUAUACCGGCAGUUGGUGUAGCUCAGCAAGUGAUAGGACAACCGACGGUUUUGGUUAAUGCUAUACAAACACCGGUUCUUAUUCAACCCGGUGUUAUGACGAUGGACAGUAUUGGACAAAAUGUACAAAUACCUCAUCUCACGGUUGCUACCGGGAACGUUAUACAAAAUGCUCAGUCCAUCUUAGACGCAAAUCAAGAUGUGACGAGGAACGUGAGUACAAAUCAGGGUAUCGUGAACCGUCAACCGGCUCUACUUUCACCCGAAUCCGCGCUGAGUAAAAAGAAAGCGUACAAAAAACGAAAGACCAAUCCUCAAACCGUAGCGUCGAUGCUUCACAUUGCUUCGUCUCAACAAAAUGCGGGUAUGCUUAUGCAAUCGCAAUCGAAUUUUGCACAGCAAAAUUUCCAAACACAGAGCAUAGGUGGGCCGAUGUUGCAGGCCCUUACAAUUGUUCCUGGCAAAGGCGGUGCACCCGCUCAAUUGGUCAUGAAUGGUCAAACCGGUGCAACGUCCGCGCAAUUUAACACUCAACAGAUUAUUACAAAUCCUCAACCUGCUCAACAAAUAAAUCUUUUGCAACCGGUUAAUUUGUUGAAUGGAGCAGCUGGAAUGGUACAGAAUUUCCCUACCAUCCAACAAUUUAUCGUGCCUGGAAUAGGAAGUAUGGUCAUGUCUGCCGACGGUACUGCAACUUUGUUGCAAGAUACUGGAAAUAUAGGAAUGCAGCUACAAAUACAAAAUGUAAAUGGUCAGAACGUCCUUACGCCGGUGCAAAGUCAUAGCGGGAUAUUUAGUCCGAGUCAAAGUAUUUUGGCAGCUGGACCGGCUGGGAUGGUGAUCAGAGCACCGCAAGCAACUGGCAGCAAAAUCAUUCAACAGCACAGUCCUGGUGCACAGUUCCUGUCUCCCAAUAGUGGUCAAUUUCUAGUAAACGGAACGACGUCUUUUGGGAAUCAAUUGAGUCCAAUAGUGGCCAAUGUUAGUCCCAAUCAGCAGGUGACAUUUAAUACGUCUCAGGUUAGGCCACCCAAUAUGCAGGGCCAACAGGAAUUUAUACAAAUGAACGGCCAAACGUUGAUGGUACCUUGCGGGACCACCCAAAAUAUUGCCGUUUCAUCAGCACCGAAUCAACAGAACACAACUUUCGUUCAGCAAAAUACAACGAUCGUUCAACAACAAACCACUAUGGUAUCGAACAAUCAGAUACCAAAUUUUCAGACAGCGCCUUCGAAUAAUGCAGGGGCCGUUGAUCCAGCUUUAAAUCUCGAUCACAAUCAGCCAUAUAUUCUAAGUUCGGGCAUGAUCUCAGGAAAACCGCCAUCUUCUCCAAAAAAUAGCAUUAAUUCUCCUACCUCUGAUCAAAGCAUGGAACAACAGCAAUAUGUUCUUGCUAGUAGCAGUACUUCCGUUGUCGAGAAAACGGGACAGCAAAUCGAUCAACACAGUCCGUUGAUGGCGAGGCAUUCCGUAUCGACUCAAACAGCUGGUAAUCAGGCAAAUAUAGUACAGGCGGCGAUGAUGAGACAGGGUUCUCCACCAGAUACGACCACGCAUAGUCCAGGAAAUAGUCAGCGGUCAAACAGUCCGGCUGUCGACACGACAACGCACGGAGCAGCUUCUCCCGCGCCACCGAUCAGUGCCAGACAGCAUUCUUCAUCUACGCCCAUGGUUCAUUGCGUGUCAAGCAGCGAACCUGAUUCUGGUGACAUCACGAUGGCGUCAGAAGAUUGGAGGAUUCAGGGUGUUACCACGAAAGAGAUCACACUAAGUCAACCCAAUCUUCACGGGAAGACUUACGUGGAAUCGACGGUGACUACUGGGAUCCAGAUCUAUACGUCAGAGACGUUGAAGCAAGCGGAAGGUGUGGUGAGCACGGUGAGGUGCGAGGGCAGGGAACAUGCCCUCGGCCGAGGAAUCAAGCGAAAGCUGGAGUCCAUCCAUUCGAUGCAUUCCACCCUGCAUGAAGACCAAGAUGUAGCCGAGACAAAGGUGGAGGAGAAAAAGCAAUGGAAACUGGAAGUGGGUGAACUCGUGUGGGGUGCAGCAAGGGGGAGUCCCGCUUGGCCGGGUAAAGUCGAGUCCUUGGGUCCACCGGGCACGAUGACAGUUGGGGUCCGUUGGUACGGGGGAGGGGGCACUCUCACCCAAGUCGAUGUCAAGGCCCUCAAGUCGCUCUCCGAAGGCCUCGAGGCACACCAUCGUGCCCGAAAAAAAUUUCGGAAAAGUCGUAAAUUGAAUAUGCAAUUGGAAAAUGCGAUACAAGAGGCUAUGGCGGAACUGGACAAGAUAAGCGAAUCGUCGCAUCAUCGAGAGAAGACGGCAUCAGCGGUAAGAAGAUCAUCGAAGGUUUCUUCGAGUCCGACCACGACCACGAGGAGUCCUGCUGGCAAUGCCGUCUCUAAGAGAUCGUCCAAGAGAUCAAUGGGAGCAAGUUUGGAUAAUGGAAAAGCCGAUCAAAAGCAAUGUCGAUGAUAAUUCACUUAUAACAACUUAUUCGCCUGUCGUAGAUCAGAAUAAUUCGGAAAUAGGAAAAAUCGAUUAAUUCGAAUAUCGAACGAUAUAAAUGGCACAUAGCUGUUUCUUAUAAUUAUCCAUUCCUUCUUUUAAUCGGCCCCGAAGAGAAAAAUCUUUGAAUUUUCUUCGUUCCUCUUACUCCUUAUUUAUUCCGUCUAGAGUCCUGAAAGCUCCUUUACGAUUGAUUAGCAUCGAAGAACACGUUCUCCCGAUCGCGUUUCUUUGAAACGAAAAAUCGAGACACGCAUACCUACCUUGACGUCGUUCGCUUCUUGUCGAUACCCUUCAAUUAAGAAUUUCUCAGUUGUUCCACGUUGCGAUUGAUCGCUGAUAAAAGUAUUCCCUUUGUCGGCUGUCACUCGUUCCAGAGCAAAGGGAGAUUAAUCGUUACCGCAUUUGUAUAGGCGAUCGUCUAUAUAAUAAUCCGACGUUUCUCAUUCCUCAUUCUACCUUUUCUACAAGACGUAACCUCUUUUCUUUUCCUUUUCCUUUGCGUGCAAAAGUCAUCGGGAAAAGCCUAACUAGUCUAAGAAAAACGAACGAAGAAAAGUUUUAUGUCGAUAUAAUCAAGAGAAAAAGAGAGAGAGAGAGAGAGAGAGAG